AUGGAGUCACUAAAUGUUGAUAUUAGGCACGCUAUACCGUCCAAAGGUGAUGAUUUGGGUCAAGUGGAAACUGACAAACUUACCAGGUUAGGCCUCCUCUAUUGCAGACCCAUCAACAUAUUACGUAGCGCUUCGGGAGCAUUUAGAUUAUUGUUGAGCGCAUUAAACCGGUUUAGAGCGUCAAUGCGGACGCAAGCUGCGUCUAGCACGGAUCGAUUGUUCAGCUUGGACUACUACCUACAUAUGCUGGGUAAAGUCGAACUGGUGGCCGUUGAGAUCGAGAUUGAGAAUCCUCUCAACGGGAUGCUAGAGACUUUACUACGAGAUUCUGCCAUUAGAUCUGCAAUAGGCGAGAUCAAGCGUACACUAUACGGUAAUAAUUCCACGGAUAACACUAUACAACCUAUCAGGUGUAGACUCCAGCAAUCCGGAGGUUCAUUCGCAGUGCGUUUAAAACUGUCUGAUAUCGUUGCAUGGCACUGCAGCGACCUUCAGUUACCGGACAUUUUGGGAGUGGGAAUUUAUGAAUCACUGUCACGGCUGAACCACUCAUGCUCUCCUAACCUGGAGUUAGGAUAUAAAGAUGAUAAUAUAGCGAGGGCACGGCUGCUUCGUCCUGUUGCGGAAGGUGAGCAGGCUACCAUUGCAUAUGUCGACGUAUCAUUGCCACUGGAAGAUCGCCGUCAGGAGCUUUGGAAUGCCACGCGUACCAUGGUCGAUCAACCUGUUGUUUCUUUCGACAGAUUUCUGGAGGCGCUGAUUUCUGAUCGCAUUUUGGAUCUCAACUACGAUGGUAUUCUGCCCCUUUUGGUAACAAGUGUCAAACGCAGCAUAUGCGAAGCGGCGACAACACCGUUUGGUCCACGGUCGACUGCUGCGGCCGUCUUCCUCAAAGCAUCGCAGCAUAAGGAUACGUAUCGGCGGAGCGUCCUAGGUCCCAUAUUCAAACCUCAGGAAGCACGUAAAUACAUCCAACAACGCCAUACAAUCGUUCAAUGGUUCAAGCGUGCGAAACAACAGAAUGCCGAGCGAAAGCCCGCCGAGUCAGACGGCGUCGACUGUCUAAUUCGAAUGUUGAACUAUUCGAAUGAUUUCCAAUACCCCAGUGAGGAUACUACAGAUAUCCUUUCAAGCCGCGUCAUUAAAGGCGAUCAACUGCUAUUCACUGAUUCCGAUACAGAUGGUGCCUCGGAUACAUAUACAGUUGACACGGUGGAUGGAAACACUUCCGACGGUGCAACUUGUGCCGUGGAACCGGAUGUGACAAAAGCAGAGGGCUCAUGCCGCGAUGAUGCCUCCAUAACAACAUCGUAUUCGCAUACAGGUAUUGCGUCUACGAAAGAUAGAUGUAUGACAGCAAUACCUUCUAUCCAUAUAUCUGCCCAAGAAGCAUCGAUCGAUCCUGGAGGCAUCAAAAAUGGCAUGUUGGAAUCAUCAACCGACAAUGCAAACAUUUCACAUCUCAAUAACACAGGACAUAAAGACUGUAAUGCAGAUGGCACGUCGGAGAUGGAAUUUCGUGGCGGAGAGGACACCCCGAUGGAGCUCGAUGGCGAGUCGUUAAAUUGCGGCAUUGCUAAUCUUAAUGAAGGGUCUAGCGAAUCUCAUGAGCAAUGUCUACUUGAUAAAGCCACCAAUGCGGAUAACGUGAAAUCUGAAGACUCACCAGUGAAGGACGCCGCGCCCGAGGCUAAGGUAAUUAAAUACUUCUGUAACACAUCUAUCAUUUUUUAUGGCGGCGCGAAUCUGGUAACACCUUGCUACUACUUCAUCAGCCAAUUGCUGUCGAAGCCCAUAAGUGAGCUCGUUGCGUAUCCUGACCACUUGCGCAGUCGGCACUCCUUCGUUCUUUGGCAGAACACUCACCUGCAGCAUAUAUGUUGCCGAGAGCUUCGAUUUGCAUUUUUGAACAGUGAGAUAACAACUGCGAAACUCACUGAGAUCCUAUUAAAUAAGAAAAGCAAGUGUUGUAUAUUAGAAGAUGUGGAUCUCUUACCAAUGGAGAUACAGCUGGUGAUAAGCAAGCAGGUGAACAAGAACGAGCGCCCGUUCAUUUUGUUGACUCGCCGCAUUAGUCAGAUAUCUGCUAGACUACGGAGUUUUUCGUUCAACUUUCGUGUUCCACCAGUUGAUGUUGAUAUGUUGAUUGAGGGGGCACUGUCUAAGAAGCUCUGUCCGACCCUUUUCACAGGUGUGGCACGCCACUCUAUCAUCGAGUUUGCAACUCGCGCGCGUGAUGAUUUGCUUUGGUUUUAUCACUCAAUGGUUAAUCUACGCGAGAAAAAGGCUAUAUCUUUGCGACGUGAUAUCUUGCCGUUGAAAAGAGUCGUCCAUUGUAUCGCAUUCCAAGAAAAGAAUAUGAGAUCAAUAAUGCUGCUAAAGGAUUCAUUAACGAACUUAAUACUCACGUACAUUCGUAAUCCGUUUUUCUUUUGGUUGGAAUUACUGGAUGAAUUCGAUGUGGUUGGGAGGGCACAGCACCUGAAGGCUAAGGGAGGAUUCUACCAUCUCAUUGCAGAGAAAUCAACACUUCUGGCAAAUGUGUCAGAUCCACGCGUCACACUUGAGACAACAUUUUUGGAGAUGAUGGACAUGGUUAAAGGCGAUGGUCCAGAUCAUCUGUAA